AUGCAUGUGACAGAGUUCAACAGACAGAAUAUUGCCCUCAAAGGCGAGCUGGAAAAGCUUAUGUAUAUUCAGAUGAUGGUUAGGAGGCGGUUCCUCAGCACCUAUAAGCGAAAGAAGUUGAGUAUAUUCGAAAACUUUGAUCGUCAUGCCAUCCAGACAGCAAAUCAAAUAGUUCACUCUGGUGAUACCCGUUUGGAUGCGAUGUUGUUUCGGGAUUUCGGUGGUGAACGAACUGAUACAGAUGUCUUCAAAAAGGUGUAUGGGCUGACUCCAGCACAAGUUUUGAGAUUUGAGUAUCAACCGACCAUCGAAACCAUAAACCGACAUGCAAGCCAAAUAGCCUCCAAGUACACCAAUCAUUAUAAUUCACAAAUCGAAGCCAGCUUUUAUAAGUUUAUUAAAUCUUUCGCGGAUUCGGGUUUUGACGAGACGUAUUUGGAAAAGGAUACGGCUACCCACGCUGCGUACAAGGAAUUUUGGCAUGAUUGCCAGCAGACUGGUUUAUGGAGAUGGAGAUGGAAGACCUGA